UCGAGUUUAGCAGCCAUCUCCAUCUCCAAGUUCUCUAGUUGAGAACUUUGCCUCCUUUUGUCAUCUCUGACAUUGCAGGAUGCUGUGUGUCGUAGCCAGAAGCUAUUCAAGUUCCCCCUGCCACUUGGCACUUUUCAUGUGGGCGGGGCUCAUGGGACUGGAGCGGGUGAGCAUGCGCACAUUAAAACGUGGACCCCACGUAAAAUUCACACGAGAGCUAAGAUCUAGGAAGAAGCGCCAAUCCUUGAAUCAUGUCCAUCGGGAUUCCAAUCAAGUUGCUGCACGAGGCAGAGGGCCACAUAGUGACUCUGGAGACGACGGCUGGAGAGGUGUAUCGUGGAAAGCUGGUCGAGGCGGAAGACAACAUGAACGUCCAGCUACAAAACAUUCAGGUCACCGCCCGCGACGGCCGCGUAACCCAGAGCGAGCAAGUCUUUAUCCGUGGGAGCAUGAUCCGUUUCCUCAUUCUGCCGGACAUGCUCAAGAACGCUCCAAUGUUCAAGCCAAGGCCCACGGGGAGUCGCGGGAUGGCUGCUGGAGGCGGCAAAUCUGCCCUUCUCCGAGCAAAAGCUGGCACAGGGGGUCGAGGAGGGUUCAGAGGAGGGUUUGGUGGCCCUGCUGGAGGCAGAGGAGGCUUUGGAGGCCGUCGCUAGCAUAGUUAUACUUGUCAGUGGGACAUUUUUGUUGCACCUUUUUCAAGCAUGCAUGCCUGUUAUUGUACUAUCAGCACGCUGGGGAAAAUGUGUCUGGAAUUUUGCACGUUUUGGCGGUAUCCCAUCAAAACAUUCCGCAAUAA